AUGGCGACGAACGGCGCAGCGAGUCGCAAGACUCCCGCCGCAUCGAAGCCCAGCACCACCAAGACCGAGGAGAGCAAUACACUCGGCAUCCCACUCGAAAAUCUAUUCGACGAUCUGGAGAACGAGCCGACGUCCGACUUUGUGGAAGACGUCAAAGAGAAGCUCCCGCGAGUGAAGCACGCUGGUAGCUGGAGCACAGAGGUCAAUACCGGUACAGGGAUCAAAGCAAAAGAUGCAAAUGCCAGAACGACACCGGCGAUCAACAAGGUGCCUUCGAUUUUGGCCAAGGCUUUCCCUAACGGAAAGCUCAUGGCCGACAAGCCAGACACGCUGCGAUGCAACCACUGCAAGCGGCCUGUUGCCAAGCAUGCUAUGUCCAAGCAUGUCGAACGCUGUCUGAACAAGAAGCAAGAGAAGCAGCGGAAAAAGAAAGAAGCAAAGGACGCUCGAGAUGCUGCCGCGCGGAAGGAGAAGGCUGGCGACAGCGAUGAGGAGGAAGAAGAUGGAUCGAAGAAGACUGCUUCAAAGACCGGGGGCAUGACUGCGAGCAAGAAGCGGAAAGCGACAGAUGAAGGCGAGGAAGGCGCGCCUACGAAGAAGAAGAAAAGGAAGGACGAGCCCAAGACUAAGGCACCACGCCCUAAAGCCCCUGUAGACGUAGAGAAGCAAUGUGGUGUCGAGUUACCACAAGGUGGUCAAUGCGCCCGUAGCCUGACAUGCAAGAGUCACUCCAUGGGAGCAAAGCGAGCAGUACCCGGACGAAGCGCACCAUACGACAAGCUUCUCAUGGAAUACCAGCGUAAGAAUCAAGCCAAGAUGCAGAAAGCCGCCUUUGACGCCAACGCUCCAAACCCGGAUGACAAUGACCUACCUUCUGGACCCGUGGACAGCGAAGAAGAAAAGGACGCAGUCAUGAGCAGCAUUGCUCGACACUUCGGCGGCGCUCCUAUCUAUCAACCCAUGCCAGUCCCGCUUCGGCGAAAGUAUGAAGUGAAUCGAAUAAAAGGCAUGCUGUCAUCCGCAUUUGCAGGAGCGAAAAGCAGCAGUGGCGCCUUUGGCAGCAGUACCAGCGGUGGAGGCAAUUUCUGGGGCACUAACACUAAUCCUGGCCCGAUAGUCGAUGCUGACGGUAUGGUACAUGCUCGUCGAGGGAGUGUCGUUCCUGGUGCAAGGAGCAUGAUGGCACCAAGCGCGAGUAGGAAGCCUAGUGUUGCGUCUGGGGCAUAG